UCCCCAGCGAUCAUUGCGACUUCCCAGAGCAUCUUGUCCCAGCCGCCGUCACAUCAACGUCCACGCUGCAUCUGUCGUGCCUGUCUUUCUUGGCUCUAUUUUUUCGCCACAACCUCUCCACCCACGUUUGCGACGACUCUGCCGACGAUUACGCCUGGUUUGCUUCGAAGUCCUGGUGAGAGACACCCUCGAGUUGCUUGCCUCCGAGACCUUCCGGGUGUUGCUCUUGCAUUGCUGAAUGCCGUGAAGCCCAUCAAGCCGGGCCAGGACUGGCCUGAAGCUGUCUACGACCAGGCUGUCACACGGCUGACUGCGCACUACACAGAUACGGAAGCCGAGGCCACCGUGAAUGGGAAGCUAUCUGUCGACCAGGUGCCAAGUCAGAUGGUGCCGUCAAGGUCGUCACCCGUGUUGCGAAGAGUCCCUUCAGCCAUGGGAGAUCAGUGGGUUAACGGAUGCGUUGAUUGGGCCAUCGGUCUGCUCAAACGCGGUGGACGAGCUGGAAAGGCCGAAAUCUUCCAGAGUCUCGAUGUCCUCCUCGCAGACUUACGCUUCUCGUCUGGAAUUCCAUCCGGUCUGCCCUCUAUCCUGGUUCCCCAGAUCAAGAACUAUCUGAAGACGAGCGACAUCCCUCUACUUUCUCAAGCCUUUUCUCUUCUGGCUCUACUUCUCGAGCUCGCUCCUCAAUCUACUUUCCCGGAAGUCGAGGCUGAUUUGUUGACGGAUGUCUAUGCUAUUGCACACUCCCCCCUAGUUUCUGGCGUGACGCUCGACUCGAUGCUCGGAUUCUUCUCUGCAUUAGUACAAGCUGACAACCAGAUUGCGACGCAUCUUGUACCGAACCUUGUCAUCGCAGUCGAGAAGGCCAACAAGACCGAUUCUAGCGCGAACAAUGUUGCGAAGUCCAUCGCUCAGAUCGUGCAAAGCCAGCAAUCGAUUGCUGCAGGGACAAUCGCCCAGUACGCGAAGAACAUCAAGGCAUCGUCCAAGGCCAAAGCCUCAACCAUGGUCCUUAGCUUGCUCAUCCUUGGAGAACUGGGGCGAUUCAUUGACAUGUCCAACCAACAAGAGAUUUUCAGGGACUCGAUCGAAAGGUUUUCUGCUGAGCAGGAGGAGAUCAGAUCGGCUGCCGCCUUCGCUGCCGGCAACAUCGCGAUUGGAAAUUUGCAGCAGUUCCUCCCUGCCAUUGUCAACAUCGUCAAGACGGACCCGAAGAAACGGUUGCUUGCGUUGCAUGCGUUGAAAGAGGUCGCUCGUGUGUCGGACCCAGAUGCUUCAGCCCGGGCCACUGUCGUCUCUGCCAUCCGAUAUACCUUUGCAGAUUCUUCGGCCUCCUAUGACGAACUCAUCGCCCCGAUUCUGGUUGACUUUUUGGGAUUGAUGCUCGAUCAGGACCUGACCGUUCGCCGGCUGGCUCUGUCUACACUCAAUUCUGCUGCACGAACCAAACCCCACCUCAUUCGGGAGCAUCUGCCGACUCUGUUGCCUGGACUCUAUCAGGAAACCGUCAUCAAACCUGAUCUCAUCCGCACGGUCCAGAUGGGACCGUGGACCCACAAAGUGGACGAUGGGUUGGAUGCGCGUAAGACAGCUUACGAGACGAUGUACACCCUGCUUGAUACAUGCUUGUCCAAGCUCGAGCUGCCCACGUUCCUCGGACGCGUGCUCCCUGGGUUGGCUGAUGCUUCGGAUGAGAUCAAGGUCAUCUGCCACAUGAUGCUUUUCCGGCUCUCGCAGGUCGCACCAGCCGCCGUGGCCCAGAAACUGGAGGAAGCGACCCCAGAACUGGAGAAGACGAUGAAGGGAGCAACAGUUACCAAGGACACCGUAAAACAAGACCUCGAGCGUGCUGCUGAACUCCAACGUAGCGCUCUGCGUGCUGUUGCUGCUCUCAGCAAGAUCGGUGCAGGUGUUUCGCCUCGCUUCGAUCUCUUCGUAGAGGAUCUCAAGAAGAACGCUCAAUGGGCAAUGAGUUCAGGGAACUUGCCGCUCAAACUUGAAAGCGAUACGAUUUGUAUCAUUGCAACAAAAAUAUGUAACAAAUAUUCGUUAUCACGUGCCAUCACUCCUUGCUUGACCCCGUUCUACAACCCCACACGCGCAGACUAUCAGGUCCUCGCCGAAUUCCCCGAUUUUUCGACAGAGGACGCGCUCCUCAAAGAAUGCAUGGCAGUAUGCAAGAACUACGGUAUAUCUCCAGAAGACCUCAGAUUCAAGUGGGAGGCCCAGAACUUCCGGCCGUCCACCACGCGCUCGGCCAUCUCAUCGUACACGCUCGAAUCCCUCCUCACGCUGAGAUCCACAAUUCAAAGCGAACGCACUGCCCGGGUGCCCGUGGCGAGGCCGACACCCCAGAUCGUGCGGCGCGGCACGGGGCGGAUGCUGAUGAAUCGCGCGCCGGUGGUCAAGACGGAGGCGGUGGAGGCCUCCUUUGCGGGGCCGAGCAGGGUGCGGUUUGAGGGAGACGCGGAUACGCCGGAGGCCAAGAAGCAACGCGCGUAUCGUUACAUGCACAUGAAACUCGCCGAACGCGGUGACGCCCUGGACGCGACGAUCGACGAGUUCGCGGAGCGUGUCCGGGAUCAUUUCGAUAUCAGCGAAUUGGGUGACCCGUCGGCCUCGACCAGUGAUGAGAUCACAGUGGUUGGGCGGAUCGUGCACGACGACGAGCUUGUGGAGGACACGUCCAAGCUCGCGGACAACGCGGUGGCGUUGCAGUGCUCCCAUGCGCUGGGGUACGGGAAGCGAGUACCGCUGCGCUUCGACUGGGAUCUCAAGAUCCGCGGAGGAGCACAGGGCAGCGGGAGUGCGUCGCUGUUUCCCGGCGCCUUCGCAUGCCUGCGGGGCAAGAACGGUGGAGGCGGGUACUUUCAGGUCUCGGAGAUCCUUCUCCUGCCCUGUCCACCACCUACCGAUGAUCCUGUGAAGCUGGAAAACCCGUUCUCGGUUCUGAUUGCCAGCGGACCGUACACCAGUGACCAGGAUCUUGGGUUCAGGCCAUGGCGCGGGCCCAUGUUGAAAAAGAUCCAAGAGACCAAACCCGACGUGGUGAUCCUGCUGGGUCCCUUCAUAGACGCCAUGCACCCUCUGAUUCAAUCGGGGGACUCCGACAGCACGCCACUGAAUCUGUUCCGGACCCGAUUUGCGGAUCCGCUGAGGGCGUACCUGGACUCCGUCCCUGGGAGCAUGGCCGUCGUUGUGCCUAGCGUGCGAGAUCUGAUCAGCAGCCACGCGGUCUAUCCCCAGUGCGAGCUGGACGCGGGAACGGCCCGGAACGAUACGCGGAUACACCUUGUGUCAAACCCGGCGUGGUUCUCGCUCGACGGCGUGUCGUUCGCGGCGACCAGCGAAGAUGUACUCUUCCACAUCAAGAAGGGCGAAUUCUCCAGCAGCGGUCGUUCUACCCCCGUUUUCCCUGUGCCGCAAGAACUGUCGGAGGAGAUCACGCUGGACAUCACGCAUGCUGAUGGUCUGAAGCUGCGCCCUUGGAACGAGGGGCCUGAGCAUUCACCGGAUGUGCUCAUUGUCCCCAGCCGAUUGCGGCAGUUCGCCAAGCCUGUGCAUGGGACCAUGGCGCUGAAUCCGUCCUUCGUGAGCAAGGGCACGUUCGCCGUGCUGGAUAUUUCGCCUUCGCCAGAGGGACGACCGCGACUCGACCCGCGACUGGAGAAGCUGUCGUAGUCCUACCAAGCAGUAGUCAGCGGUGUAUGUUUCUAUAUAGACGUCCUCGUUGUCGUUAUCUUCUAUUCUGCGAUUAAGCUCUGGAUCAGCAGCAAAGAUACAAAAAAUCC